AUGCUCCAGUUACUGCAUGGAUCUACUUUUGGCAUCGUGGUUGGUAUGUACCUGGCUCAGAACUAUGACAUUCCAAACCUGGCUAAAAAAGUUGAAGAGAUUAAAAAGGACUUGGAAGCCAAGAAGAAACCCCCUAGCUCCUGA